ACACACACACACACAUCAAGCAUGGCGAACAACAGAACUACAGAGGAAGAGUAACAGAGACAGAAAAAGUGGACGUUGACGAAAGGGGAAAAGGGAUUAAUUAAACCCCGAUAUCCAAUUAACGACAAAUAACCUAGAGUUGCCGUAGUUAAUUGGGGAGGCAUCCUGGAGCGAUGUCUGCCACCAGAUCCUCACAAAUCGUCAGUAUUUUGGCGGCGAGGGUGACCGACGGAAGGUUCCUCUUGGUAAACCAUAAACAGAAUGGUUUCUGGUUGCCGACAGGUCGUCGCCGAACCAACGAACGGCACCUGGACGAAACCCUACACAGGAUCAUGAACAAGUACAUUGGCUCAGUCAUGCCGGCCGUCGGUGUGGUCCACACUUACAUCCGCAGACUGGAAAACUUGCCUAUCUCUACCCACUUCAUAUUCCACACUGAAGCCAUUGAUGACUCCACCGACUCAGACAUUCUCACAACAUCAUCUCCUGAUGACAUUCUUCAGUGGUUCAGUCUAGAAGAGCUUCAAAAUGACAUUUCAUCCGAUGAUCCUUGUCUCCUGGGACCUGAACCAUUACAUUUGAUUGAAAAUCUUAAAGGCAGCAAUGCUUCCAUAGUAUCAGAAACCAAACCUCUAGAUUUCAACCAAGAUUCAGAUAAGGUGGCUGUCCAGCAUCUCUUGAAGGCCGCAAAAUUUGACCAGCUCGAACAAUUAAUUCUACGAGAGUUCCUAAACUUCAGUUAUCCAUCCAUGUUCAUGUGCAAGGCAGCCUUCUCCCGCUACAUUCUACAGAAAGGUGGUUCUCUCGAGCGUAUGGACAGUCUCUUCAGGGCCUUUGAUGUUGGCAGAAAGAAAUUUCUUUCCUUCAAACAUUUCUACAUUGGUUUGGCAGCUCUCGACCCUCAUACAAACCAUGGUGGUGGUUCUGCUGAAAUUCGCUGCAAAUAUAUUUUCCGCUUCUACAGUUCUCACAAAGAAGGAUUUCUGGAGCCUUCUGAAUUUCGGAAUAUGGUGAUUGACAUCAUGAAUAUCAAAGGUUUGCCCUGUCACCCAGAUUCCAUAGACAAUACUGUCGAUGAAAAUAUCAAGUUGUUUCAUGAUGAGGACAAAACCGAUGUACACCAUUCCAGUAUUCCUCUCAACAAUUUUCUGGUAGCCGUUGGCAACCUGAAAUUCCGUGGCACCUCGAUCCUCUUCCGCCUACCUCGCUCUGUUUACACUCACACCAAAAGGUCCAACACAGAAGUGACAAACCAAGAUGAAAGUUUAAAGAAACAGAAGCUCUCCUAUGAUGAUGCUAGUGACAGCGAUGGUACUCAUGACACUUCGUGCAACAACAAAGCUGAUCCUCUUCCAACGAAAAACUAUGAACUUGCAACACACACCGUCAAAGUGCGACGGACCGGCACUCUGGCUGAUGUAAUGGCAAUCUGGGAUUUAGAAGGGACAGAAGCUGUGAGUGCCUCAUCCACAAUCCAUUUAGAAGGGGACAUGACGAGGUUCCAGAGAAUGUCUUCAGUUGAUUCUUUCAAUCAGCGUUCACACCCCAAUGAGAUGCUCACUGGUCUGCGAUAUUUUGAAAGAGAGAAAAUUGCUACAAUCACCAAAGAGAGUAAGGAGGCCUUUUCAUGGGGCGCCGUCGAUUACAACGCCUUCGCCAAGUGUUUACUCAUCCUUUGUUCUCAGAUAAAAGAAAUUCUUAAGAGUGAGCCGAGGCUUUUAUCGUUAAAGUCUCCCACCUACAUCCUAGGAGAUAUCCAUGGCAACUACAGGGACUUGGUGUCCUUUGAGAAGUCCUUGUGGCGUAUGGGCCCACUUUUGACACCAGCUUCUUUCUUGUUCCUUGGAGACUAUGUGGACAGAGGAGAACAUGGCAUUGAGGUCGUGUCGUACUUAUUUGCACAGAAACUCCUCUCUCCGAAUAAAUUCUAUCUACUUCGAGGCAACCACGAAACUCGUAACAUCCAGGAGGUUUUCAGUUUCAAACUUGAGUGUCUUACCAAAUUUGGUACUUCUGUUGGAGAAAAGAUCUGGGCAGCAAUCAAUGAAUGCUUUGACUGUAUGCCGCUGUCUGCUGUCAUUGAUGGAAAGAUCUUCUGCACCCAUGGUGGGAUCCCAAGUCCUGUCCACGGCAAUGGCAAAAUGGAGAUCAUCAAUAGCAUUCCUGUGCCUUUGCCCAACCCUGAAGAGGAAAGUCCUCUCGCCUGGGAACUCAUGUGGAACGAUCCAAUCGGACUGGAUCAAAUCACACCAGAGAUGCUGCAAAGCCUGAAGGAAAACUAUGGCUUUUCUCGAAACGUUCGUCGCGGUACGGCUCAUGUCUUCAGCUGUUCGGCACUAAAGGCUUUUCUCCACCGGAACAACUUGUCACACGUUAUCAGAGCUCAUGAAGUGCAACAAGUUGGAUUUCAGGUGCAACAGGAGGGGAAGCUGUUGACCGUGUUUUCUUCAUCAAGAUAUUGUGGUGGCUCCAACGAAGCCGCCUGCGUCUUGGCAGAUAAUUCCAAAUUAAGACUAAUUCGACUGGACACCAGUUGAGCGUUGACCCUUCCAGCUCAGUGACAACUAGUUUUAAUGCUCCCUGCAGCUACCUGACCCCUAACCUCUUGUCUGCUCUCCGACAGCGUCACCAGUUCAAUCCCCACCCCCAGUCCAGCCUCUCAUAGCCCCUACAUUCUGAACCUACACAACACGAGUUCAAUUCCCAUCAUCUCCAAUAUCUCAUACCCACCAACAUUAUAAACCUACCCAACAUGAGUUCAAUCCCUACCAUUUCUAGCCUCUCAUACCCCUACAUUCUAAACCCACUCAACACCAGAUCAAUUCCCACUGUCUCCAACAUUUCAUACCCUAACCCCAAACCUGUCCAACAUGAGUUCAAUUCCCACCAUUUCCAGCCUCACCAACAUUAUAAACCUAACCAGCAUGAGUUCAGUUCCUAGUCUUUCCAACCCCUUAAACCCCAAACAAUCUGGACCCUCUCAACACCAAAUAUGUCUUGAGCAGCUAAACAGA